AUGAUAUCCGUGCCGGUUGUACUUCUAGUUGUGGCUGUAAUAGUAGGCUUUGCAGCGGUGUUCUGGACCCAAGACAACAGAAACCUCCCACCCAGGGAGCCGGGACUACCCUUUGUAGGAAACGUGGACAUGAAGCCGGAAUCUCCGUACUUCCUCGAACUGCAGAAGAAACAUGGCGAUAUGUUCACACUGAAGGUGUUUGGUCAAACGGUCAUCGUGGUUUGUGGCUAUGACACAAUCAAAGAGGUGAUGGUCAAAAAUGGAGAAAUAACUUCCGGUCACCCCAUAGCUUUCGGAUUUACGGAGUAUUUCGAACUUUCAGGUAUAGCUGGAGGGUCUGGAAACAUUUGGAGAAAUCAGAGGAAAUUCGGACAUGAUACAUUACAAGCUAUCGAUUCCGGAAGUGAUAAUCUUGAAUCCCGCGUUUUAGGGGAAGUGGCAGAUUUCCUCCAAGAGGUAGAGAAGAUGGAAGGCAAACCGUUCGAUGUAAGCAGACUGAUAAAAACAAGCCACUACAAUAUAAUAUCAUCUCUUCUCUUCGGAGAGAGAUUUGCCCACAGCGACGUCAAUCUUACUCGACUCGUGGAUUUAGUAGAUGAAGCCAUGGCCAUCUAUCCUGAGCAAUUGAUUCUGGGCUUCGUCGAAUGGCUGAAGUAUCUUCCUGGAGAUCGUUUUAAGGUCAGACGAAGACGAUUCCUGGUGGACGAAAUCUUCAAAAUCGUUCAAACAUCAAUGGACGAGCACAAAGAAACGUUAGAAAAUCCCAAGAACCAAGAUUUCAUCUACAGUUUCUUAAACGAACAGAAAAGGAGAGAAUUGAAUAAUGAAGAUCUGACAGGCUUUGGAGGUAAGUUGAUUGUUCUUAAUUAUUCAAAUACGGGCAAAUAG